AUGGCCAGUGUUCCAUCGAGUUCCCAGGCUGUGAGGCAGAGGCCCCAGCCUGGCCCCUCCGGGCACCAGCCGGAUGUGAUGCUGGACGCACAGAGACCAGGACCGCCAGCAGCCCAGGCACACAGCAGCCCUCCGCCAGAGGGCUCCGGCCGGCGCACGCAGCGGGAGAGGUCGGCCGCUCUCCAGGAGUCGGAGGAGGCAGCCACGGGCGAGGAGGACGCCUGGGACCUGGACAUGCUGUGCGGCCUCAAGAUGAGGCUGAAGCGACGGCGGGUGUCCCCGGUGCUGCCCGAGCACCACGAGGCCUUCAAAAGGCUGCUUGGGGACCUUGUUGUGAAAAUAUUCCUGGCCUGGGACAAAAAUCUGAGGGUAUCUGACAAGUAUCUCCUGGCCAUGGUCAUAGUGUAUUUCAGCCGGGCUGGCCUCCCCUCCGGGCAGUACCAGCGAAUUCACUUCUUCAUAGCUCUCUACCUGGCCAACGACAUGGAGGAGGACGACGAGGGCCCCAAACAGGACAUCCUUUGGCUCCUCUAUGGGAACGACCGUUCCCAGCGUCUUCUGUUCCACCAACAGCGAGUCCAAUUCGCCCAAUCCAUGGGCUGGAAGGCCUGGGUCUCCCGGGAAGAGUGUGAGGAGAUCCAAGCGUUUGACCCAGAGCUCCCGGUGUGGAAGCGAGACCGCAGCCUGCUCGCUGUGUGAGCGCUCCCGGGACCACGGAGGCCUGGGCUCACCGGCCCAGA